AUGAGACACUGGGCCCGAAGUCCUCACGUGCAGCUUCUGACUCCCCAACCUCCUUUCCCAAGACAGAGUGUUCUGCAGGUGGCAGAGCCCGGAACGCCGGGAACGCCACCGGAGCCUCCUCCCGAGGAGCUGGCUCCCGAGGAGGAGCAAACCUGGCACUGCCACGGCUGCAGCAAGACCUUCAACUCCUUCGCUGAGCUCCGCUCCCACGCUCUGGAGGCCGGCGAGCGCUGCAACGGCCCGGCGUGGCAGGCCGCGGUGAAUGCCAUCAGCUGCAUGCCUGGUGCAGGCUCAGUACUCUGGUGCCCGGCCUGCCCAGACGACUUCCUGGGCAGGUGGACGGGUUCCACGGCCAAGGCAUCCGCGCUGCUCCGGCACCUCAUGUCCGGCUCCAAGGCUUCCUCGAAGGAGACCGCCCCCGAAGCGCACGCCUGGUUUCUGGCGGGCCUGGUGGACCUUCUGCUGUGCUCGCCUCCGCCGCCGCCAUUGCUGACGGAUGGGGCCGAGGGGGAAGAGGCGACCGAGCCCCCGGAGAUCCAGCAGGAGCGCUUGCAGGUCUGGCUGGCGUCCUCGCCUCCGCUUCUGCAUUUGGUGGGGCCCCUGCUGGCGAAGCCGGGUCCCGCAGCUCGAGAAGCAGCACGCCAAGUGAUUGAGCGCUUCCGGCCCUCCACGGAACCGGCUCCGCCACCCUUUGCAUCGGGAGGUGACGCACCGGCGGGGCCCUCCCUUGAGGCAGGGAAGAGCAAGAAGAAGAAAGGCAAGAAGGCUGAGGAGACCGCAGCUCCUGGCUACGACCUGUACAACGAGGCCAUCCCGAUGGACGUCUUCAUGAACUGUGAGGACCACACGCAGAGGACGGCCGAGGGCGUGCCGGUCUUGGACCUUCUGGACUCCGACGACGAGGGCCAGGCGCCGCUGACAGAGCUUUGA